CAUAAAUUCAUACCGAAGAGACUAUAAAUGAGUGUCUAAUCAAACCAUAUGAAUUAUUUAUGAGAUUUUAUUUAAUCAGAUGGAAUUCUAAAUGUUAUAUGAACUAAAUUCUAACUCUCCUACUGAUAGUAACCAAAUUUGCAAUUUCUCCAAUUUUCCUAUAAUAGUAAAACUAAAUGGAAUCAUAACUGGUUAUGCAUUGCAUAUACUAUCUAUCAUGAUAUCAUAAACACUUUAGAAAUCUAUAAUUUGAUAGGGCACUAUAGAGGAAUUGGUGUUUCAUGAUUAUGAUUAUGAUUAGGAUAGAAUAAACAAUGUUGGAAGGAAAUCACACAUUACUAAUUAAGAAGAUGGUCAUGAGUUUAUAAGCAAUAAAUAUAUCUCUAUUGGCAGAGUGUUUUGGAGAAAUCAAAAGUAAAACUACGAGAACUUAUGCUCAAAACGGACAAAAUCAAACUAUUGUGUAGGCCAUGAUUUCUAACCUGGAUAUGGUCCACACACCGAAGUGGAGAAAAGAUAGGCGUGAAAACAGAAUUAAAGAAAGUAAACAUAUCCAUGCCCAGCUGAUGUAAAAGGUCGUUCUGUUUGAAAGAGUGGCUCCCAACUCACAACGGACACUUGCCCAAAGUCUUGGAAUAUGCACACACAUACACACCCUAAAUUCAACUACAGCUUUGAGCUACUUCUACUAAGCCCCUAAACGAAUUUUUUAAAGAAAAAAGAAGCCAAAGAAAGAGAAAGUUAAGCGGCAUCGCAUUGAUUUGCAUUGGUUUGAGUUUUUUUUUUUUGGUUUGGAGCUUCUUCCUUGGCCCCAUCUCCUCCCUCCUCGAUACCCACUCCUACCUCUCCCCUCUCAAUCCUUCUCACAGACAUUUUCACAAACACGCGGACUUCGAGACGCACAGCAGGACAAAUCCUAUCUUAGACAUUUUCUCCUUGUUAAUGAAUUUUCACCAGAUCUCUCUCUCUCUCUCUUUUCCUCUCUAUCUAGUUCCAAUUCCAUAUAUAUCACAGAAAUAGAUCGCUUCCACCUUCCAAAUUCCUAAUUAUACUACGGCUUAAACGUAAAAAUGCAGAAGAAUCACAUACCUGAGGCGAACGAGAAGCGGCGGAAGUUCUUAAUCAACGACAAUCUCGACAUUCUCAUCGAAAUUCUCAAGCGGCUAGACGGACCGUCACUCGGCGUCGCCGCCUGCGUCUGCCGCCUCUGGUGCACAAUCGCUCGAAACGAAUCAGUUUGGGAACAUGUGUGCUUCCGGCACGUGACAUCGCCGCUUCCCUCAUCGGUGAAAUCAGUGGUCGCCGCACUGGGAGGAUACAAGCGGCUAUACAUGGUGAGCAUAAGGCCGGUGCUGAGUCGACUCGGAUACUCAGAAGUGGUGAGGCGAGUUUGGACUCAGGACGAGGUUCAACUUUCACUGUCUCUGUUUUGUGUGGAUUAUUACGAACGGCUCACUGGGAGUGGAAGACUCAGUGGCGAUGCGUCCGCAUUGUCCCUCAUGUUCCUCUGCAACACCGUGAACGUCUGAUUGAUCUCGUGGUUUUUUGAUACUUUCUCCACCGUUGGAUUUGUAGACCAGUCCAUAUAAGAAAUCAAGCAAGCUCCGGUGAUUUUAGUCAAAGGAUUAAGAUUAGCCUGGUAUGAAUAUGAUAAUUAUUCCAAUUAUACAUCCAUUUUAUUAAAAUGAAAAUAACA